GUUGAAGCACACCUGCAGCUGCCUAUGGAUCCAGAUUGUAGAGAUGAUGAGUCGAGGCUUACGCCACUGAUACGCGCGUCCGGGGACGGCCACGUUGACGUGGCAGAGUCUCUGCUGGAGGCCGGUGCUCAGGUGGAUAUGAUAGGCCUCAAUGAAGCUACGGCGCUGAUGGCGGCUUCGUGUGGGGGUCACACUGCAAUGGUGGAAUUGCUCUUGAACGCCGGCGCAGACAAGAACUUGUACGACGGUGAAGACUGGACGGCGCUAAUGUUUGCGUCGUUCGAGGGUCAUGCUCCUAAGUUUUCUUCUGGAACUUCGUUCAACUUACCUUAG